AUGGAGCAACCAAUUGGCAACGAUAAGAGUGUCUUUGUGACAUCAUUUAUGGAGCGUCCCUUCUAUGAACUCAGCUUUGAAGCCAGCUCUGAAUUCAAAUUUCUCAUCGUCAAGCUUCUUCCCAUUAUCGAAUUUAAAACGAGCGAGUCAUUGUCUAAAAAUGCGCCAAAGCUCCAUCGCGAAAUUUGCCUCCACCCGAAACUUGUGCUUCAUCCGAGACACCACAUCUCCGAACCUGCAGCUCAAGAGCCCAAUAAGAAGAGAAAGAUCGCCAUCGUGGCUUGCGACACAUGUCGCGAAAAAAAGAUUGCUUGCGAGGGGCAACGACCAUGCGUGGCUUGCAAGCGUGCAAGCAGGACGUGCAACUAUCAGGUAUCACGAGGCAACGCAGCUCAGACGGUGCAGCAACUGCGCUCGUUGCCCUAUGACGAAGCAAUUCAACUGCUUCACACGCUUCGCUCAUCUACAGAACUCAAGUUAUCGCCAGCUCUUUCAGCGGAUCAUUCACCAGCGCGAAACAGUCUCGAAUUUGAACUGUUGAAUAGACAUGUCGUCGCCUAUCCGCCACUUUUUCCCGUCCAAGUCGGCUCACUGCCUCUGAGAGAGUUGCUGAGACCAACUCGCCUCCAGAUCGAAAGUUUUUUGUUCUCGCUUUCUAGUGAGUUCGUUGAUGUGCUGGGCUUUUAUUCACAAGCAGCAGCGCUAAGUGUAGCCUUUUUCGAUGAAGCAAUGUCUAUUUUGCCACUGGAACUGACUCAGGAUUCGAUUACAGCUAUGGCGGCCAUUCAAAUCUUGAGUAUUACAGUAACAGCGUACGCAAAAGACAAGUGUGCUGUGCGGCUCGUUCAAGCCGGUGUAAAAAUGGGGAAGCGAAUGGGGGUUUUCGGAUGCCAAGCCUCCACGGAGCUUCCCAUACCGCCUGCUUGUAAGGAGAACAGCUGGAAGAGGGCUGUCUCAUUUACGACAUGGGGAACUUUCAACUGGGUGUCCCUGCACUGUCUCCACUACCAGACUGUAGAAGUCGAACCGCCUUCAGCAAUCCCCAUGCCAGGGGAUUUGAUGGACUUACCAGAUCCAGAAAGCAGCGAGGCAGUCGCGAGCAGAAUCGAUUGUACCGUUUUUCACGCCUCUUGCAAACUGUGGGCAAUCUUCAAUGAGGUGUUGUGGAAAUAUUACAGCGAACGCAGUCCAUCACUUGAGUUUGCAGAGAGCAUAUAUCGCAAACUACUGUUGUGGGCGCAGACUCUGCCUCUCGAUCUAAUAAGGGGCAGAGAAAGCAGCCACGCUGAAACCAUUAUGCACAUGUACUUGCACAUUAUUGUUGCCGAUGUGUUCAGGCCGUUUGUGCGAUCGCCUCAUCCAUCACAACGCCUCAAGUCAUUUACCUCGGCUCAAGCUGUUCCAGAAGGCAUCUAUGCGGCCUCAAUGAACCAGUUGAAACGCCUAGUACUAGCCUUUCGCGAAAAUUUCAAGAAUGCCGCUUACUCCGUAUUCUGGCAAACAAGUCUCAUCUACCUUGCAAAUGCUAUGGUAUCUGAAGCUAAGAGCGGUGACCCCGAAGGGAGGUUUUAUCUAGAGCUUUGCCUUGCUGGAAUGGAGGACUUGUAUGGCUCUUUUCGCAUAUCCAAAGUCAUCGUACAAAGUCUUUUAUCGAUGGCAUUGCGGGAGGGUACUUUUAGCUACGACGAAGCGCGUCGUGUUGCCGCUGAGCUCGAACUCUUGGGGCGACAUCAUACUGCAGCUAUCUGCGGCCAUGCUCUAGAUGCUGAUGAAGAGGAUAUUGAGAUUUCGUGGAUAUUCAACCUGGACCUUGCGUUGGAAAAUCACGACGCCGCGCGCGCUGGUAACCAGGCACAGAACUACGAAGAGUUGAUGGCACUUGAUGAGUUCACAACCGGCUUAACAGGAGAAAAUGAUUCGAAUAUGACGAAUUUCGCUGCAAUGUCGGGAAAUUAUCUUAUGCUCUUCAUCCUAAGGGAAAUGAAGGGUAAGAAGACGAGUUCAGGUCGCCGGACUAUCGCUCUUGAUCGUGCCCUUGUGGCUCUGACGUUGGCCAUAAUGAAGGCGGAAGCCAUUCCCACGGGAUCUCGAGAGAACAUUCUCAACGGCUAG